CAAUGUACGAUGACCAACUAGAUCCACUUAUUGAAGAGAUUUUGUGGACUGAGAAAAGAAUACUUAAUCUUGACUUAGCAUUAGUAAUGGAGUGUUCAUUAUUUGAACCACCAUAUUGCCGUGAUUACUCUCUGACUCGUGAAGACAAAAUCGAAGCAAACAGAGAUGCAAUCCAGGCGAGAGAACGAUUUCUCAAAACAGCCAAAGAAGAACGCCAACUGCUCCAAACCCAGAAAGAAAACAAACAACGUGAAUAUUGGGAGCAUAUGCAAAAGAUGCUAGAGGACUUUAAGAAGACUAUGGAACAACAAGAAGAGAUGGAGGAAAUUGUUGUUCUAGAAGAGGAUGAAGAAUCUGAGACAGAAUCUGAAACUGAAUCCAACAAUGUCUCAAUUCUUGAAUAUCCACAAACUCCAUCACCACUGGAUAUCGAAAAUAAGAUAACACUUGCAGAAAUGAUUGCACGAGGUACAGUGGUGAUGCUUCCUGAAAGCCCACAAAGUUUAACCGUACAAGAUGUGAAGCCUACCGAGGGUCCUGUCUCGGAACCGCCUUCACGAGCUGCACCAAAAACGUUAGAGGAACCUGUCCUCCUAACAUGUGUUGAAGACACUUCUCCAGAGGAACCUGUUCUGGAGAAAUCUGAGCCCACCACCGACCCCCUUGAUUCCGAUGAGUCUGACAAAUCUAUAGACGAGAAAUUACCUUGUGAUGCUGAAUCCAUUCCGUCUAUAGAAACUAUCACUGAAGACUCGGAGGAAGGACAUGUUGUAAUCUGUUGUGAUAUUUUAUUUACUCGCAAGUGCACGAACCGUACGAAAGUAUAGCAACGCAAAUACGAGCCCCUUGAUAUGAUGCGGCUCCUCUCUCUUUAUACCCAUCAUGUCUCUCUUCUUUUUUUAGGUUUAAUGUGGGUUGGGUUGAGAAUUGAGAUAGAAUUUGUAUAGCAAUUGGAUCUUGACUUGCACUUGGACUUUAAAUCUUCAAUCCAUUAAAGCUUGGCCCAAUUC